AUGUUUGAUAAAUACGAGCCUCUUAUAUAUGGCUUUGUGGACUCCCUUGAAAUUUUCAAGAACUUAUUACCCGGACGAAAAACCUACAAAUUAGAAGCUUUAGCAGAUAAUUAUGGAAUAAGCACAAUUGGUGCACACAAUGCCUUAGCUGAUGUAAAAAUGCUUUCUUGUAUUCUUACAAAACACCCUGUGAUCGAGAUGGAUCUGAUAAAAUAUAUGCAAACUUUGGCCAAUUACGUAAAAAUUGCAAUUGCUCAAAAAGAUCUUUCUCCCCUUGACUCAGUAAUUUCGGAAGAAAUGAAAAAAAGGAUGGUCAACACUGACAUGACGAUGGCACUAUUGCAAAAGACAUUUGCAAUUAACAAUUACGAAGGUAUUGCUGAGUUAUUUUCAGAAAAAGUUAAUGGAAAAGUGCGCGUGAGUAAAGCGCGGUCUGUGAUAAAAAAAGUCGCUGACUUCUUAGCAAAUGCGAGUAUUAGUUGA